AUCCCCCCACCCAAUCUCUUCCGCUCUUCUCAGCUCCCUCGUAACUCCAUUUACCCGCACCGAGGCCAUCUCGAUCCGGCUCUCCUUGUCGCGAUGGCGAACGCCGGCGCGAUCGCCGCUAUUCUCCUCCUCUCCUGCCUUCUCGUCUCCCCUCCGUCCCACGCCUUCUACCUCCCCGGCGUCGCCCCUCGAGACUUCCACAAGGAUGAUGAACUUCAAGUCAAAGUGAACAAGCUUUCAUCAACAAAGACACAACUUCCAUAUGAUUUCUAUUUCUUGGAUUACUGCAAGCCUUCCAAGAUCAUGAACAAUGCCGAGAAUUUGGGGGAGGUUCUUCGUGGUGAUCGCAUUGAAAAUUCCAUUUACGUUUUUAAAAUGAGAAGGGAUGAAACCUGCAAGGUAUCCUGCCGUACCAAACUUACCGCAGAAUCUGCAAAGAACUUUAAGGAAAAAAUUGAUGAUGAAUAUCGAGUUAACAUGAUCUUGGACAACCUCCCUGUUGCGGUACCUAGGCUAAGAAGAGAUGGAAGCCAAGCACCAACUUAUGAACAUGGAUUUCGUGUUGGUUACAAGAGCAAGGACGAUAAAUAUUAUAUAAACAACCACCUAAGUUUCAGAGUCAUGUACCAUAAAGAUCCAGAGUCCGAGGAUUCUCGUAUUGUUGGCUUUGAGGUGAUUCCAAGCAGUGUAAAGCACGAAUACACUGACUGGGAUGAGAAAAACCCUAAGGUGCAUACAUGCACGCCAAGUACCAAAAUAACUCCAAGCAGCAAUACGCCCCAAGAAGUAGCUGCAGAUGCAUAUAUCGUAUUCUCAUAUGAUGUCACAUUCCAGCCAAGUGAAAUCAAAUGGGCUUCUCGUUGGGACACCUAUCUUCUCAUGAAUGAUGACCAAAUCCACUGGUUUUCUAUCAUUAAUUCAUUAAUGAUAGUUCUUUUUUUGUCUGGCAUGGUAGCCAUGAUUAUGAUGAGAACCCUCUAUAGAGAUAUAGCUAACUACAAUCAGUUAGAGACACAGGAUGAGGCCCAGGAAGAAACUGGAUGGAAAUUAGUCCACGGUGAUGUUUUCAGACCACCGAGUAACUCUGGCCUGCUUUGUGUUUAUGUGGGAACAGGUGUGCAGUUUUUUGGAAUGACCCUGGUCACUAUGAUAUUUGCAUCGUUAGGUUUCCUCUCCCCAUCCAACCGGGGGGGUCUGAUGACUGCUAUGGUUCUCUUGUGGGUUUUUAUGGGCCUAUUCGCUGGGUAUUCGUCAGCCCGCCUCUAUAAAAUGUUCAAAGGUGCAGAGUGGAAAAAGAUCACCUUGAAAACUGCAUUCAUGUUUCCUGGUAUCGUUUUCGGCAUAUUCUUCAUGUUGAAUGCUUUAAUCUGGGGGGAGAAAUCAUCCGGUGCCGUACCAUUUGGUACCAUGUUUGCGUUGGUCUUUCUAUGGUUUGGUAUAUCCGUACCCCUCGUCUUUGUUGGUAGUUAUUUGGGCUUCAAGAAGCCAGCAAUCGAGGAUCCGGUAAGGACCAACAAAAUCCCCAGGCAGAUACCUGCUCUGGCCUGGUACAUGCAACCAGCUUUCUCUGUACUGAUCGGGGGCAUACUUCCGUUCGGUGCUGUUUUCAUUGAGCUCUUCUUCAUCCUGACAUCGAUAUGGCUGAACCAGUUCUAUUACAUCUUUGGUUUUCUCUUCAUAGUCUUCGUCAUCCUCAUAGUUACCUGUGCCGAAAUAACCAUAGUGCUUUGCUACUUCCAGCUGUGCAGUGAGGACUAUCACUGGUGGUGGAGGGCAUAUUUGACUGCAGGUUCCUCCGCCCUAUACCUCUUUGCAUAUUCUGUGUUCUAUUUCUUCACGAAGCUGGAGAUAACCAAGGUGGUCUCUGGGAUUCUGUAUUUUGGGUACAUGCUGAUAACGUCAUAUGCCUUCUUCGUGUUAACGGGGACAAUUGGCUUUUAUGCUUGUUUAUGGUUUGUCCGAAAGAUCUAUUCAUCUGUGAAAAUAGAUUGAUCGUGUUGUGGAAAGAGGAGCUAUAAUCAAGCUGCAGUAGAAUUACAAGUUGCUGAGAAGUAGUCCAAGGCGAAGCUUCAGAAUGAAUGCUUCGACUCAACAUUUCCGAGGGUAUUUAGUAUAGGAAUCAUAUUUGGUGGCAAAUAUAGCAUAUGGUAGGAUCUGGGUUGGUAUGUGUGUUGCUAGCCAAAAUUAGAUUUGUAACUGUACCUUUAUUCUCCUCCUAAUUGUAGCUUUUGUAUGGUUUUUUUGGAACAUUCUUGAUGCUGGCAUUUCCUUUCCCAUGAAAGAUUCCUCAGGCUGAAAAUUCUAUUGUUCGUGCUUGUUA